CGCCUCGCCCAUGUAGUGCCAUUGUGACUCGCAUCCUGGAAGUAAACAUCAUUUCACCGACACUGUAUGAGCGAUGGACCGCAUAGCAUCAGACACAGAAACCGAUGAUUAUGAGCAGCCUUUGCUUCAUCACAAUAAGGACGAUGUCAUAAAAAGAGCCCCUGUGCUAUGCUCUUCACGCUAUGGCCUUGCCUUAAUGUCAUGCUAUGGCUUCUUUGUGGCAUACGCACUGCGGGUGAAUCUCAGCGUGGCCAUGGUGGAUAUGCUGGGAAACACUAGCACCAGUACCAAUGUCAAUGGCUCUGUGUGCCCAAAGCAUACCAGCCCAGCUCGGCCCAGACACAACCACACAGCCAGUGUGUAUGACUGGGACUCAGAGACUCAGGGCUGGAUCCUGGGCUCUUUCUUUUAUGGCUACAUCUUAACUCAGAUACCAGGUGGCUACAUGGCCCGCAAAUAUGGUGCCAAGUGGCUGCUGGGCUUUGGCAUCCUAGGAACUGUGAUCUUCACUUUGUUAACGCCUGUGGCUGCAGACCUGGGAGCUGGUUAUCUCAUAGCAGUCAGGGUGUUGGAGGGCAUAGGGGAGGGAGUGACAUUUCCUGCUAUGCAUGCUAUGUGGGCAUCCUGGGCUCCACCCUUGGAGAGGAGUCGACUGCUUACUAUCUCUUAUGCAGGUGCCCAGCUUGGCACUGUAGUAGCCCUUCCCAUAUCUGGUCAGAUAUGUUUUUACCUGGAUUGGACAUAUGUCUUCUAUAUAUUUGGAGCUAUUGGGCUACUCUGGUUUUUCCUGUGGGCUUGUCUGGUCAGUAAUAGUCCUGACCAGCACAGAAGAAUAUCAGAGAUCGAGAAGACCUACAUAAAAGCUUCAUUAAAAAAAGAGCUGUCUCCCACUUCUGCCUACAUCCCUUGGAUGUCCAUUUUCUCAUCUGUCCCUCUAUGGGCCAUAGUUGUGGCACACUUUUCCUAUAACUGGACAUUUUACACGCUUCUGACUCUCUUACCCACCUACAUGAAUGACAUUCUGGGCUUCAGCAUUAAGGAGAACGGGAUGCUCUCUGCUCUGCCUUAUUUGGGUUGUUGGCUGAUGUCUAUUGGAGGAGGCCAGUUAGCAGACUACCUCAGAGAGACCUGGCUUUUCCGCACUGUGACUGUGCGCAAGGCCUUCAGUGUAGUAGGUAUGGUGGGACCAGCUGUGUUCCUGGUGGCAGCCGGAUACACUAACUGCAACUACAUCCUGGCUGUUGUUUUUCUUACUAUCUCCACAACUCUGGGAAGCUUUUCAGCAUCUGGCUUUAACAUCAAUCAUCUUGACAUUGCACCAUCAUAUGCUGGAAUACUGCUAGGAAUCACGAACACAUUUGCGACUAUCCCCGGCAUGGUGGGUCCUGUGAUAGCAAGAUCACUGACUAAAUCUAACACUAUUUCAGACUGGCAGACAGUAUUUUUUAUCUCAGCUGGGAUAAAUCUAUUUGGUGCUAUCUUCUACACAUUGUUUGGAAAAGGUACAGUUCAACCUUGGGCAAUCCAGAGAGUGAACAUGGAAUAGAAAGUCUUUUAAGGGACUGAAAGGACACUAUGGCAUUUUGAAUUCAGGAAAUGGAUUCAGAAGACUCUGCUUGAAGAUUCAAGCACAGCUGAAUAAAUUAUACUGUUUUUGGUAAACACAUUGCUUAAUGUCUUUAAUAUCAUUAUAUGUUUUAAAUGGAUGUUUUGGUGACUUUUGCUCUCUCACUUGUGUUUUUAAGAAUUUAUAGGGCCAGUAUUUUCACAAGACACACGUCUUUAUCUAGUGUACAUCAGACAGCAGACAAUUCAGUGCCUAUAAUUUGCUUUCAGCUUAUAAUAAUAACUACUCUAAAGUCUGGGUGGGGCUGGGAUGAUAUGUGUCAUUCAUUCAGCAGUGUUUUUUUUUUUCUUUCUUUUCUUCAAUCAUCAUUUGCCUGCUUUCCUAGAUGUCUCACAAUCAUGGGGCAGCUCGCUUGUUGCCCAACUUAAAUUCCAUAGAGUUAUUAUUACACCUAGCGGUCAGAAAUGGGAACUGAACUGCUAAUGCAGUCCUAUUAAGUUAGGAAAAAUGCUGAAAUUCUCCCUUUGUGAGCAUUUCCAAUGUAGGAGGAGGCACAGUCAAGACAUUUAGUUACUGAUGGCCAAAUAUUAUUAAACUAGCUUAACCUGAUAACCACAAGGUCUUGUUUUAAAGUACUUCAUUGAAAUCGAAUCUAAUGAAGUACAGACUAUGUGUCUCUGAUGUACAGAACAGAAUGUACAGAAUUUUUCUUUUAAAUUUUAUUGCACAGAUUGGGAUAGGGAAAAGGGGAGAAUGGUUUGGAUGAUAUCAGUUCAUGAGAAAUGUGCGCACACCAUAGUGACCUUGUUUGAGGGAAAGCUGAUGUAAGAUGCCAUGCUGAAUGACUAUGUUGUUAACUCAACUGCCUUGUACAUGGAUUCACAGGGAUUGUAGCCUAGAAAACUGACAAAGUGGGAUAGCACUUUUUUUUUUUUUACUGUGUUGUUAAUCAUAAUGUUACUUUCCCUUUGGGAUGACUUGAUCUAAUGUAAUUAUUAUUAUUAUUAUUAUUAUUAUUAUUAUAUUUUUAAAUAGUGCAUGGUAAAAUAGUGCAAAAAGUGCAUUCCGCUCUAGCCACUGGUCUUAUAUCAGCAGUGACUGAUAAUUCACUCUACAUGCAAUUUUAUAAAAAAAAAAAAUUUUUUAUACUUUGUUCUGUGUAAAAUUACUGUUGAUUAUAAUCAUUUUAAAGAUAAAUAUAACUUCUUUUUUUGGGGAUGAUCAUUUUUACGUCAUAUUUAAGUUGUUUAGUUAAGACAUAAAGUCCGAUAUCUCAGGAAUGGACAGAAUGGAAAGAAAUUGAGAAGAAUGAAUGAAUUGUAAGAAAGACCCCUUAAGUGAAAAGAACACAUCCCCAUGCUGUUUGCUACAUAGCUGAAGUUCUGUGUGAGCCAAAUCUAUUGACCUUGUAAAAAGUCUUGUAUUGAAUUCAUUUCCCCUGAUCGUAACAAAUCAUGUUCAUUCCAAGUAAUUAAAGUGCACAAAUCAA